GCGCCGCUGCUGUGUUUGGUUGAGCCGAAGCUCCGGGAUCCAACAGUCCGUUAGCAUCGCAGAUAAACACCACACACGGGUGGCAACCAGCUGUUCUAGCGCCCCGGCAACUGUACCAGCCUCGAAGUGAACUCUUACUGCGGCCAGGGCCACCAUGUCCGAGACGUACGACUUCUUGUUCAAGUUCUUGGUGAUCGGCAGUGCCGGCGCAGGGAAGUCCUGCCUUCUCCACCAGUUCAUUGAGAACAAGUUCAAGCAGGACUCCAACCACACCAUCGGCGUGGAGUUUGGAUCCCGGGUGGUCAACGUUGCAGGGAAGACAGUCAAGCUGCAGAUCUGGGACACGGCAGGACAGGAGCGAUUCCGGUCUGUGACACGCAGCUACUAUCGAGGAGCAGCAGGAGCUCUUCUUGUGUACGAUAUCACGAGCAGGGAGACGUACAACGCACUGACCAACUGGCUGAGCGACGCACGGACGCUGGCCAGUCCCAACAUUGUCAUCAUUCUGUGCGGCAACAAGAAAGACUUGGACGCCGAGCGAGAGGUGACCUUCCUGGAGGCCUCGCGCUUCGCUCAGGAGAACGAGCUGAUGUUCCUGGAGACCAGCGCUCUGACGGGAGAGAACGUGGAAGACAGUUUCCUCAAGUGUGCGCGCACCAUUCUCAACAAGAUCGACUCAGGUGAGCUGGAUCCAGAGAGGAUGGGCUCUGGGAUCCAGUACGGGGACGCGUCUCUGCGGCAGCUGCGACAGCCGAGAGGGAGCGCCGCACAGAGCAAACAGCAGUGCAACUGCUAGGUGGGGCCACAUCCGCCUGGCCUCGGCACACAGGCCCGAGCUGGCAGGACGUCCUGUACAGCUCCAGGUGUUUUGCGGUGUCUGGAGACCAAGGGAACCACACCCCACACCCCAGACCACCUGGAUGAGCACUCUGACCCCUGACCUUUGGUAAGACACUCGGAGAUCACCCUCAGAACUGAGUCUGGAGCGUUACAGGAUGUUUCUUCUUCCCGAGCUGGGACAGGUCAAGGGUCGAGUGUAAAGCCCCUCCCACAUUUGUACCCUCGGUUUUAGUCUCUGACUUUCCUCUUCUGUUUAACAAUCGACGUGGGUCGCUCCAGCUGUUCCAGAACCUGAUGUCCCACUAUUGCACUCUGCUCGAACCCAUCGCCGUGGCUUCCGUUCAGUCAACAAGUGUGUUUUCAACUCCAGAGUGUCGACCGCGGCCUCGGUUCCUUUGUGUGUUCUGUCCAAGAUCUGCGCUCUGAAACGGUUUUUACAUCACAUGUAAACAAACGCGUGGUGUUUCCUGGAGGUUUGGUUCCAAGCACAAGAGACACGGUGGCUCCUGCUCAUCCCAGAGUGACAAAUGCUGCGGUUUCAAAACACUCUUCCCUCCUGACCUCCUCUGUAACUUGCGCCUCUUUCUCAUACCGUAUAUGGGACGUCACACUCUGGCUGCAGUGCCAUGUUUGGGAAAGUGCUCUGCCGCCCAUACAGUUCCCUCUCGCAGGCUGGACACCCUUUAAUCCGGCGAGGUCGAGCCCCGGUUCAUGUGCAACCUCGCAGGAUUCAACGGUAACUUGGAGGUGGUUCAUCGCUACGGUGGUUCGUGAGAGCAUCGGUGACAUGAACAGACACCUGAGGACAGUCAAGGAAGAGUCAGUUCCACAAUUGAAAUAAGGCUCACAUGUCAAACAUUACUGUUUACGGUAAUGUCUUGAAGAAACAAGCAGGAUUUUUGGAUGCUGAUUGGAUAACUUCAAUUCCCUCAACUGGAAGGGGUCUUCAUUACAACCCCCCACUGCUGAAUCACGGCUACUGAAGCACCUGCUGCUGUCAGCGCAGACCUCAGAAAAAGAUUUGGUCAUCGCUGCGACUCCCAUCCUGCGGUGGAGACGAGUCCCUUCCUCCCUCCAGAGGUGAACGGUGUAUCAUCUGGCCACAGGUCGUGGUAGUUUGUCUCCUUCUGCAAGUGCACUUUUACUUUUAAAUGUUCUGUUUAUAUGCUGUAACUAUAGAUAUGUACAUUUUACUGAAAACUAUAUCUAUGAAAUAAAGAUUUUAAUUGUGUGCGUGAUAUUUCUGUCCAAGCCUCUCGCUGUGCGGAGACGUCAGGAUGCCGGCGGGGGGUCGUUGCCCAUGGCAACAUAAAGGAUUCUCAAACUGUCGCGGCUGCCUCUCGUAUCGACGCCGCAGUCAUCCACGUGCGUCACGGGGAAAUGUUCUAAUCGCCAUAGCAACGCAAGUCUGGGUUCCGUCACAUGAUCAGCGCCUCUGUGGUCGCUUAGUUACUGUGAUGUCAUCCAACCUGGACGCUACUGUACAUCUGGACUCGCCCGAUCUGUCUGUGAGGCUGUGUCAUGAUUUACCAGCUCCCUGAGUCUGUAUGUCCUGCUGUGACUGGAAUGAUUGAGCUGUCACUCUGAGUAGGGGGUGGGACUCGCUCACUUCCUAGCUUUCUCGUCCAAAAGUUUCACACGUAAAGCACCGAGUUAUAGUGAAUUUUUCGUCUCUGUUGUUGAGUAAUGUACUCUCUGUCAGUGUCAGCCACACGUUUUUUAAAGCUCUUGUGGGCCUCAUGAAACGACUCGGGGGGCCGGAUUCGGCACACAAGCCAUGAGUUUGACAAAUGCUCUGGAGCAAUUGCGGUCCAGUCUGAGACCCCAAAGUGAGCCCAUGCAGAUAUGCUGAUAUCAAUAGUGUGAUUUUUCAUUUUUAUUAAAU